GAGCGGCAUAGCUAGGAGAAAGCUUUGGACGGCACACAUCAGUUCACAGCCGUUCUCGCAAUUGAACGGACGUACGAAAUUCGGGAGCUCCAGUUCACGAUGGGUCUGCGUAGUUCCAAGUCAAAAAAGAGCUAUGAAGUGGUCGUUGCCAGCACUCAGAAUCAGAAAAAGGCCUCGAUGAAAAGUUCUCGGUCAACUAAUACGAAAAUUGAGGGGUCACCCACUCAAUCUGAGCGACCAAACCCUAGCUCGGUAAUAGAGGAGAGCAAUUUGAAACCUAAGUGGCUCAAUGAAACGCUAUUCGAGGCAUUACUCACCGCGAAUGUCGCUCAGUUCUCAAAGAUAGUGGGUUUUCGGGUAACACCCGCCAUGGCCCCUGGAGAGAACUAUGCCACUCUGAUGCUGAGGAUCAGCAUAGAUGUGGAGCUAAUUGACAAGAGCACCAAACUGGUCUCCUUCAUGAUGAAGGUACCACACAAAACGCCCCAAAUGGAACAGUUGCUGGCCAUGGCCAACUUUUUCAAUAGCGAGAAUGCAGUGUACUCGGAUAUUUUGCCAAAAUUGGAGGAGCUUUACAAGGUCAAGGGGCUGGACAUCACCUUCGCACCCAAAGCAUUUCAACUGGACUCCAAAAAAGAACCCAACUUGGCCAACACAGUGCUCAUGAAUGACAUGGGCCAGGAUGGCUUCAAGAACUUAAAUCGCCUGGAAUGCCUAAACUUGGAACAAACUAAGUUUGCACUGAAAAAAAUGGCCCAAUUUCAUGCGGCAUCUGCCAUGAAUGCGCAGGUGAAUGGACCCUAUGCAGAUAUGUAUGUGAAUGGAGCCUUCGGUGGAAACAAAGAGGUUUUGAUGGCAUUUUUCGAAGGAAUGAUUUCCUCCUUCCGAUUAGCUUUUAUGGCCAACCUGAAGAACUUUGAUAACGGCGAAGAAUUCCGUGAAAAGCUGGAAUCGGCAUUCUCGCAAAUCACUUUAGACUUGGAACAUCUAAUGAAAGUCGAUCCCACUGAGUUCAAUGUACUGAACCAUGGUGACUGCUGGAUGAACAACCUGCUGUUCAAGGUCGACUCUAAGGGCGAAGUGGAAGACAUGGUGUUUGUCGACUUCCAGAACCCCAAAUACGGCUCUCCCACUCAGGACUUGUUCUAUCUAUUAAUCACCUCGGUGCACAUAGACUACAAGCUGGAUUACUUUGACUUCUUCAUCAAGCACUACCACGAACAGUUGACCAAGCACUUGGAUAUUUUGGGUUACAACGGUAAACGGCCCUCGCUGAGGGAGCUCCACAUGCAGAUGUACAAGAACGGAAGUUGGGCCCUGUUCCCCUCAAUAAGUGUGCUGCCCGUAGUGCUCCUGGAUCCAAAUGAGUCGGCCACGUUUGAGAAUUUCCUUGGCGACACCGAGACAGGCGCCAAAUUCAAGAACCUCUUGUAUGCCAACAAGCGCUACAAGGGCUACAUCGAAAAGAUUCUACCCUGGUUGGACAAUAGAGGUUUCUUGGAGGGCUACACUCAGCCCACGCCAACUGAAACAGCUUUAUUGGAUCAUUGCGUAAAUCCCAACCAGAUUCUAGACUGGCUAAGUGUAAGCGACUUUGAAGAGAUCAUUUCCUCCAACGAACCCCAGUUUCAGAAGAUUGUGAGCGGUGCUUGGAGUUCGGCCACGAAGGCAGGUGACAACUUCGCCUCCAAGCUUUUAAAGAUUGAUAUACAAGCACAACUCAGAGAUAAAAGUGUCAAGACCUACUCCUACAUACUGAAAGUGCAACCACCGAAAACCACUGACAACUUCAUCGACCUUAAUAUGUUUCCCAAGGAAAUGGAGAUGUAUCGCAAACAUGUGCCAGCCUUCGAGAAACUCUAUAAGGAGGCAGGCUUGACGGUCACUUUUAGCCCAAAGUCCUUCGUGCUUAGUAAACCUGUGAAGGAAGAAUAUCUCUUAAUGGAGAAUCUUCAGACAAAUGGCUUCAAAAUGGCUGAUCGCAUGAAGGGAUUGGACAUGGAGCACACAAAGAGCUCACUCAAGAAACUGGCCCAAUGGCAUGCGGCUUCCAUCAAGUACAAGGAACUCAAUGGAUCCUACUCCCCUCUGUAUAACGAUGGAAUUUAUAUUGAGCAGACGAGGGAUCUGUACCAUAAUAUGUUUGCCCAGGCCAAGUACACGUAUAUUGAUAUAUUUGGAAAGUUAAAGGGCGCCGGGGAAUAUCUGCAUAAGCUGUCACGUAUUUUGGACAACCAUGUAGACCAGGUCAUCGAAGAUGCCAAAAUCAAUGAGGCAGAGUUUAAUGUACUUAAUCAUGGCGAUGCCUGGAUAAACAACAUUAUGUUUCAAUACGACUCUGAGGGGAAACUGAGGGAAACCGCGUUGCUUGAUCACCAGAAUGCGAAAUACGGCAACCCAGCUCAAGAUCUUUACUAUUUCCUAAUGAGCUCUGCAGAGCUUGCAAUCAAGGUCGAUAAGUUUGAUUAUCUGAUCAAGUGGUAUCAUGAAAAUCUAGUGGAGCACGCGAUUUUGUUGAAAUACAACGGAUUUGUACCCUCCCUAAGUGAACUGCACUCUAUUUUGUUAGAACAUCCAGCUUUUGCUGUUGGCACAGUGAUCAGUACCCUAACCGUUUGCCUGAAUCAGGCCGAUGAGACCUUAAAUCCUGAAGCAUUUUUCCUCGAAACGCCGGAAUCGGAAGCCUUUAGACGGCAGCUACUUGGUAACGAGCGUUACAAGGCCCAUAUUGAGCGGGUUUUCCCUUGGCUCGCUAGAAGAGGUCUACUUGAGCCUUAAAAACACUAUUCAAAAUGUGAUACGAUUUACGAAAGGAGUCUUCCGUUGGACAAUUACACCGAGAAAAUAAGCAAAUAAAACAAACUUUGGCUUAAAUUAUUUAC